AUAUAAAUAUAGAAAAUGCAAGCAAACUCGGCAAGAUCCUUAUCCUGGCACGUCCUGCUUGGACUUUGUCUGUGUCUCAUUUUGAUUUGCCAUUCAUCACUUGGCCAAGACUAUGUGACUCCUAGCGAAGACUUGAACCCGACCACAGGUCGCAGUCAGACGCCGAAUAGUGUGUCAUACUUUAGGGCGUCGAUUCCCAUGCGAAUCUAUGAGUGCCUGCGAGAACGCACCAUGCUGCACUGUACGAAAUUGUAUGUGCUCCAGAAAAUGGAGGAACGCCGUCAGAUGCCCAACAGUGGCAACCUGACCAGAGACUUUGUGGAUCAGUUCUUUGGUGAGGAGACCCAAAUGGGCAGUCUGGUGGGCAAGAAGUAUCAGAAGAUGUCCGAGAAGGAACUCAAUCAGCGACUGGUGGUCAACUUUCAGCGAUUCUUUAAGCACCGUGACAUCAAGCUGAACUUCCUAUCCGGGAUGAUGUUGCAGAUCGUGCCCAGCAAGGACAACAAACUGAAGUUUUCGCUGAAGAAGGCUCCCAAAUCCCGAAUGGGACGUUCCCGAAGACGUGAAACGGAGGAGAUGGAGCUGAACCUGAUGAAUCUUCCGUCCAUUAGUGGAGGUGGUGCCAAUAGUGGCAGUGUAGAGAACUACGAACCGGAAGCGGAGGGUGACUCCAAGCAACAAGGUGCCUUGGGUGGUGGAGGUGGCGUGGCAGGUGGAGAUGGCGGCGGCGGAGGAAUCCUUGGUAAGCGCAAGAAGAAGAACUCAUACAAGGUCACCAUGAUGCAGGUGGCAGUGCCUAUGUUGAUUUUCCCAGUCGUCUUGCUGGGCAGCCUGCUGCCCUUCAUCCUGCCGGCCCUCAAGAUGGCCACCAUCUUGUCGCUGGUGAUGAACAAUGGCGCCUUUAUGGCCGCUCUACUGUACGCCGCCCGAACUCAGUUCAACACUCACGAGGAGCAGCAUAUCAGCUACAGUUAGCUCUCUCGCUAAUAUCCCUCCUCUGUCCAUUUUUCCAAUAAAAACUGUCUCCCAUGUCA